AUGGUAUCAGAGCUGUAUCGUUGUGUCUCUGCGCGGCUUAUCCUGGACUGCUGUAGCGCAUUGCCUAUUCCAGAAAAGGUAUGGUCUGAGAUAUCUAUGGAUUUUGUGGAAAGUUUACCUAAGUCUAAUAGUAAGGACACUAUUUUGGUGGUGGUUGACAGACUCAUCAGUGAUAGGGAUAAGAUCUUCAUUAGUCAUUUCUGGAAGGAGUUGUUUGGACUGUUGAAGGUGAAGUUGUGCCUAUCUGCUGCCUACCACCCUCAGUCGGAUGGCCAAACUGAGUGUGGACAGGAGUUUGGCGCGCAAGAGAAGCUGCUUCUUCACCUAUUGAAACAUAAUCUACAAAAGGCUCAAAAUCGAAUGAAGCAGCAGGCUGAUCAACACAGGUCUGAAAGAGUGUUUGAGCAAGGGGAUUGGAUCAUCGCCAAGGUUAGUUCUGUGGCCUAUACACUACAACUUCCUGCAGAUGUUAGGAUCCAUCCUACUUUUCAUGUCUCUCUUUUAAAGAGGCAUGUGGGCAAUCAACCAGUGCAGCAACACAUUCCUACCCGCCUCACUGAUCAAGGUCAACUGCUUAUGGAGCCAGUUGCUAUUCUGGAUAGGAGGUUGGUGAGAAGGGGAAGAACAGCUGCAACUCAAGUGUUGGUGCAAUGGAGCAACAGCUUCCCAGAGGAUGCGACUCGGGAAUACUGGUACGAUCUUCAUCAGCAAUAUCCUCACUUCAGUUCUUGA